GAAAAACAGAAGAGAGAGAAUAGAGGAAGACGGAACCAUGUGCACAGGAUUCUCUUCUAUUUCACAGUACUUCAACGUUGCUCAGUUCACUCCCUCCCCCCUCUCUCUCAUACACACUCCCCCUCUCUCUCGCUCAGCUGCUCUCCCUCCCCUCCUGUGGAUGGUGUAGCUCUCUCUCUCUCCCUCUCUGUCUGGCGGAGCCGUGGACAGGAUUGGAGGCUAGUAGUGAGUGACUGCGGAGAGAGAGAGAGACUGAAGAGAAGAGAGGAGAGCAGAGCAGAAGAGAGAUCUAUAUUAGCAGUAUCUCUGCUGGAUACCUCUUCAAUAUUUCAAUCAGAAUUCUUCCUCAACCAGCUCGAGCCUCACACUUCCCACCGGACCCCCAUCACCCUACCCUUACCAGGGGGACAUAUGAACAGCACAGAGGGUUUACCACCCCGGACCUCCACACAGGGAGCCAUGUGAUACCCCCUUGCGCUGCUGAAAUUCCCCCAAAUCGGUGCUCUGAAUCGGGAUUGAAACCAAGGAUUGUAUCCACCCUGCUUGAAACCCCCUCCUGGGUUUGUGGAUCUUCUCUAGCUGCAAGAGGAGGAAGGGAAGGGAGGGACUGCUAGGUCUCUGCAUACCCGGCUGGGAGACACUCUUCUCUGGGCAAGUGUGGGGUGUGUGCCCCCCUUGGGCUGGAGGCCAGCGCUCCAGCACCAUGGAUUACCUACCUGGGAUUGUACUGUUGCUGCUGUUCUGCGGGGCGGUGGUGCCGGGGCAGGGGGAGCCCAAGCACAGCGUCCCCAGGUUAAAGCUCUCCUACAGGGAGAUGGUAGAAUCCAGUAACCUCAUCACUUUCACCGGCCUCACCAACAGCUCCGGCUACGACACCUUCCUAUUGGACGAGGAGAGAGGAAGACUGUUGGUGGGUGCCGAGGACCACGUCUUCUCCUUCGACUUGGUCAAUCUCAACAGAGAGCACAAACAGAUCGCAUGGCCAGCCACACCCUCAAAGCGUGACGAGUGCAAGUGGGCGGGGAAAGACCUCGGGAAAGAGUGUUCCAACUUCAUCCGAGUGCUCCAACCCUACAACUCCACCCACCUGUAUAUCUGUGGUACAGGGGCCUUCCAUCCCAUCUGUGCCUACCUGGAGAUGGGCAAACGGGCAGAGGACAACAUCUUUCGACUGGAGUCGUCCCACUUCGAGAACGGCCGGGGGAAAAGCCCCUACGACCCCAAGAUGCUCUCUGCGUCCAUCAUGUUAGAUGGGGAGCUGUACUCUGGCACAUCGGCAGACUUCAUGGGAAGGGACUUUGCCAUCUUCCGCACCCUCGGGGAGCAUCAUCCUAUCAGGACUGAGCAACAUGACUCUAGAUGGCUCAAUGACCCCAGGUUUGUAGGUGUAAACCUGAUCCCAGAGAGUGACAACCCUGAGGAUGAUAAGAUCUUCCUCUUCUUCAAAGAGAACGCUAUGGACGGAGAACACACUGGCAAGGCCACUAUUGCCCGCAUAGGACAACUGUGUAAGAAUGACCUGGGAGGUCACAGGAGUCUGGUCAAUAAGUGGACCACCUUCCUCAAGGCCAGACUGACCUGCUCAGUGCCAGGCCUCAACGGCAUCGACACACACUUCGACGAGCUGCAGGAUGUCUUUCUGAUGAGCUCCAAAGAUCCUAAGAACCCAGUGAUCUAUGCUGUCUUCACCACUUCUAGUAACAUAUUCAAAGGCUCAGCAGUGUGUAUGUACAACAUGGCAGACAUCCGGAGGGUCUUCCUGGGUCCCUAUGCCCACCGAGAUGGGCCCACCUACCAGUGGGUACCCUUCCAGGGGAGGGUGCCCUACCCCCGCCCUGGCACGUGCCCCAGUAAAACGUUUGGGGGCUUUGACUCCACCAAGGACCUCCCUGAUGAUGUGAUCACCUUUGCGCGGGGCCACCCGGCCAUGUUUAACCCCGUGCACCCCAUCGGGGGUCGUCCCAUCGUGGUGAGGACUGAUGUGGACUACCAGUUCUCCCAGCUAGUGGUGGACAAGGUGGAGGCCGAGGACGGACAGUACGACGUCAUGUUCAUUGGAACAGACCUUGGCACGGUCCUGAAGGUGGUUACCAUCCCAAGAGAGAGCUGGCAUGACCUGGAAGAGGUGGUCCUGGAGGAGAUGACCGUGUUCAGGGAGCCCACCCCCAUCACAGCAAUGGAGCUUUCCACCAAACAGCAACAGCUGUACCUGGGCUCGACGCUAGGCGUUUCCCAGAUGCCUUUGCACCGCUGUGAGGUGUACGGGAAGGCUUGCGCUGAGUGCUGUCUGGCCCGUGACCCCUACUGUGCCUGGGAUGGAACAGAGUGCUCCCGUUACUUCCCUACCGCCAAGCGGAGAACGAGACGCCAGGACAUCAGGAAUGGAGAUCCCCUCUCCCAGUGCUCCGACCUGCAGCAUCAUGAUGACGUGGACGGGCUGGGUCAUGUGGAGGACAGGAGUGUGUACGGAGUGGAGAACAGCAGCAUGUUCCUGGAGUGUAGUCCCAAGUCCCAGAGAGCCCUCAUCUACUGGCAGCUCCAAAGACCCAACGAGGACCGCAAACAUGAGAUCAAGUCCGAGGACAGGAUGAUCCGCACGGAGCAGGGCCUGCUCAUCCGCAUCCUCACCCAGGCCGACUCAGGCGUCUACACCUGCCACGCUGUGGAGCACGGCUUCAUCCAGCCCCUCCUCCGCCUCUCCCUCCAGGUCAUCCCCACACAGAGGCUGGGUGAGCUGCUGCCUGGUGGGCCUCAGGGUGGAGCUGGAGGGUCUGGUGGCGCAGGUAGUGGGUCUGGUGGUGCAGGUGGGCCUGCUGGUGCAGGGCACUCAACAAAACACAAGCUGUGGUACAGGGAUUUCCUCUCCCUCCUCGACCACCCUGACCUGAACAGCGUGGAGGAGUUCUGCGAGCGUGUGUGGCGGAAGGAGCGCAAGCAGCGGCGUCUGAAAACCCCCACCAUCACCACCAAUGACCAAAGUCUGGCUAGGCCUGACGGCGGAGCUCCAAGCUCAGGCCUAAAGCCUAAAAGUAGUCCUCUUGGCGCAGGUGCACCCAAUGCCCAGAAGCAGCAGAGCGGGCAUCCUACGGUGCAGCAGCAGCAGAACAAAGAAGGGAGCCCCCGGAGCACGAACCCCCAGAAGGUGCAACACCAUGCGGGUACGCUAACCCAGGCACAGGCCCCUAAAAACAACAACCAGAAUGCCCAGAACUCUCAGGCCACACCCAACACCCAGAGCCCCCAGAAGGGCCAAGGCGCCCUGGGGGGAACCCAGGUGCCUGGUGGUGGGGCCAGAGGUGGACCCCAGCACACGGCCAAGUGGAGGCGAAUGCAGGAGAAUAAGAAGGGGCGAAACAGGAGAACCCAUGAGCAACAGAGACCCCCGCGGAGUGUCUGAGACACACACACAGCAACACACACACUUACACACAUAUUGUACAUUAAAACAUAGACUUGCUAUCCCAUAAAGAUAUAAUGUAGGAUCCCACAUAAUGCAAUACUCAUGGUCAUAUGCUCAUUCACACAUAAUAUGUAGACAGAAAUAUACCAUCCAAAUGGAAUGCUCUAAAACAUACACCCAAAGCACACACACACACACACAGUAGCCAUGGCUACUAGGUCAUAGGGUUACAGACCUGGGUACACACACACACACGCACACGCACACACACACACACACACACACACACACACACACACACACACACACACACACACUGCAAAUACCCUGUGAAGACUUGGAGAAGACUGGCGACUAACAGGACAUUGAAGACUGAGGCUAAACUGGAAUCGUAUGCGUACUGUACAUGCUAACCAUGUGGAUAUAGUGGCCCAGGGGGUACAAUUUGAGGAACUGUGUAGUCCAGGUCCGUGUUGCAAGUGGGACAGAGUUAUCUGGCGGACACAUGGCCCUUCUGUACAGACGCUACUUCCGUAUGGGACUGGGAUGGGGUUAAAAAACAUUCAUUUUCAGUGAGGAUGAUACAUAUUCAGACCUCUGGACAAGUUUGGACAAUGACCUCUACAGGACAUUUCAGAAGACAUUUCAGAAGGGGUUAAGACAUUUAAGUUCAGUAGGGACGUCCAUUACUGCAGCUACUGGCCUUGUUGACAUGCGCAGAAGGAAGAGGAUGUCCACUAUAUAGAGAAUGGAAGAACUAUGAGGAUAAGAAUCAUUUGUCCAGUCGAUUGCAAACUAGAACCGAAAUACAUCAAAAGAAGCACAGUCAUUUUCAGAGAGUGAACUGCAUUUCCCACAAUACAGUUUGUCGGCUCAACUUUAUUCAACUGAUUCGAUUCACAAUGACUCUCAUGAAUGAGCACUUUGGGCUUGUACAUAGAGCUUGACUGUCUUAUAGGUCAAACAGAUUAAAUGGGGCACAGUUAGCUGAUUAACAAUCCACAACGGUGCCCUGCAUAUUGUUUAUAGUUCAAUAACAGAAUUAUUCAAUAUAAAACGACAAAAUCCACAUUAGCCUGUGAUCUGUGCAGCAAAAUCAAGCUUCUCUUCCUCCCAAGGCUUGAAAAGCAUUGUGCAUGUCGUAGUCAGUCAAUAUUCAUGAUUUGAAUAAGCUAUUUCUCGCCAGUUACUCGCUAUGUAAGGUUUUUUUAUGUUAAAAGGAGUCCUAUGAAAGAAAAAUCUAUUUUCUGUUUUUAUUUGAUAUUUACUUCUCUCUCUCCCUACAAACCACUGCAUCCCUGUAGGGGUAAACAAUUAUGUAGUAGAAUUUUUUGACCUGCCCCUUUAAGUUAUUUUUCUUUCUUUGCUUUCUCCUGGAGUUGCGUGUGAAUUUAUAAUUCCAGUCAUAUGUUCGUGCUCAGUCUGGAAAACAGACUGCCUAUUGAUUCUGUACAUAUACAUACAACAACAAAAUGACUCUUUAUGUAUGUAAAUAUAUACAACCAGAACACCACUGAUUAUUUAUUUCUCAUUGUUUUGUGAAAGGGUUGCAUUUAUUUUUGAUAUUCUGGUAUUUUGGCUCAUCAAUAAUCAAGAAAAAAAACUGUGGCACGUUGAGAAACACAAACGGACCAAUGAGGACGGACUUCCUCUGUCAAGGACUCCGUUUUUUUCCGGGGGGGGGCGUGUUUCGGAAGUGAACCACGGGAUGAAGGUGGGAGCAGGGGGUUGUUGUGUGUUUUACAGUAUCCAGACUGAGAGCCUUCAGGAUGAUAAGCACAAGUUUCUCAAACCCUCUUCUACGUUUCUGUCUCUUCUGGUCUUUUCCUAAAUGGCUCAUUUUUCUACCCAGGAGGUGUUUUCGUUGGAGUUUGGAAUCCCAUCCACCUAUCUCAUUCGUUCAUCCCAAAUACUCAUUUUAUGUAAGAUAAUACUACCCAAAACCUGAUAAACAUUAGCUGUGAAUUCCUAUGUAAGAAUUAGUAAGGAAAAGGUUCCAAUCUAAACCUAGUCUGAGGACGCUGAGUUAAAGCUGCAUGUGAAUGCUACUUAAGUGCAUCUUUUCUAUUGUCUCUAGAUGUUUCCUGUGAGAGGUAAAGGUCCCGUGGGCAACAUGUGCAAGAGAGAUGUGAAUAUUCUUUCUUUUUGCCAAAACAAAGAUGGCAACAUGUACCAGGGGUGUAUUCAUUAGGAACCAAACAGAAGCAAACAGGCCUAAACGGGGAGGGACUAACCUGAACUUGUCCAAUAACAAACACACAUUUUUGUCGCAAAUCGUUUUCUGUAGCUAAACGUUUUGCUAUGGUGUCUGCUAAUGAAUACACCCCAGUGAUGUUACUCCAACCCCAAAACUUGUAUUAAGACCUUCAACUUUUCAUACAACUAUGUGUUUCCCCCUCAGUAAACAACAAGACUGAUGUGUCAUUGCAAUAAUGGACAGCAGAUAGCAAGGUUUCCUGGUGGUUUGUGGUAUGUUUCUGGUCUCUCACGGUGUGUAGGGUGGACGAGGAGAGAACAGAUACCUCUGCUGUAACAUGGUUCUUCCUGGCAUGCGUUCAGUUGUCUAAUUAAACAUUUCCUGUAAAACCUA